AUGCUGCUGAUGCUGCUGCUGCUCGUACUUGCCGCCGACGGCGCAGCCGCUCCACAGGCGACCCUCAAUGACUGGAGCCAGUGGGACUUGACGAGCGUGCCGCCAGCGCCGCUGCUGCCGCCGCCUCUCCCAAUGCCGCCGCCUGUGCCGCCGCCGCCGCAAGCUCCAGUCGAGCCUCACACCGCGGCUCAGGUUUCUUCAGGCGUGGUGUCGGCCGUAAUAAACGAUUGGACAUUGUACGGCACUCCGUUGGCGCCACCGGCGCCGCCCUCUCCCCCGCCGCCGCCCAACCCUUCACCGGCGAAGCUGCUGAGCGUGCUGAUGGCGGCGCUCGAACUCGGCAGCAGGGCAAAGGCAGCGGCGGCGGCAGCAGAGGCGGCGGCGGCGGCAGCAGAGGCGGCGGCGGCGGCGGCAGCGUCAGCGGAGACGGCGACCGAGGCAGAGGCAGCGGCGGAGGUAGCGGCGGAGGUAGCGGCGGAGGCAGAGGAGGAGACUUGGGUCGUCGCUUCGAGCGUGAGCGAGAUUCGCCAGAGCAUUGCGCGCCAAGCGAGGCACCCGCAGCGUACGCUGCGAGUUGCCCUCAACGGCUCCUCCAAAUUCCACCUGGAUGGGGCAGCUGUCCUGAUCGAUGGCAUCGAUGUCACCCUCGCCG